AUGUUAUUGUUGGAUCGCCACUGCAAAGGUCCUCUUGACGCUAGUGAGGUGACCAGAAUGAAUUCGCUGCUUUCGAAAGUUCGAGAUUUCCUACCUCAGAUGGCUGAAGCGAAUGAAAAAUUAGCGAAAGAGCAAACCGAGUCGUCCGGUAUCGAUAUCGCAAAUGUUGUUGAGAGUGACAGUGAUUCGGAUCUGAGUGCUGAUGAGAUAAGUGAAAACGCAGAGAAAUCUGAACAGGCAGAAGAACGAACGCGUAUCGAAAUAGACUUGUCAGUUUUCGAAGAGGCAUCAAGUUCAGAAGUGCGGCGAUCAGAAUCGGACUCAUCGAGUGCGUCCGAAUCAGAUGACGAAUUACCAAAGGCCUUCCAAAAGAAUGCGAUUAAUGAUAAGACAGUGAGUAAGGGAGGAAGUGGCAAGAGCUCAACUCGGAAACUUAUCGAAGAAAUUCAGUCGUCAGAUAUGUCUUCAUCGGUGUUGAAAUAG